GUUAACAAGAAUGGCUACAAUUGAAGAGAAGCUCUGUGUCUUGUUGGAAAAACUAAAAGAAACCGAUCACAAUCUCUCCACCUGUAUCGUUCUUCUCCAGCAAUACCUAAGAAAUGAAAAGUUAAGAGAAAAGGCAAAAAAAUCAAGAUCAAUUGGAAUACAAGUCACUGCCGAUGCAAAAACUGCCCACACCGUUACCGAGACUGGAAAAGAACUUGAUAGAAAGGAGUACCAAAAAAACCUUUCAGAAAUUUGCGACAAGCUCAAAAAGGAGUUGUGGACGUUACACAGCCACAUUGAAAAACAAAACUUAAAAUUAUAA